AUGUCGCUAGGACCUCAUCUCUACUACGACGGCGAAGACUACAAAUGCCUCCUAUGCGAUAGGUGGUUUGAAACCGAAAAGGCACUGUACGAUCAUUGUCGAUACACCAGUCGCCAUGAAUGGUGCGAAACUUGCUUGCGGGUCUUCGUUUCUACGACUGCAAAGAAUCAGCAUCUGUUUUCUUCCCCAGUCCACAGUCACAUCUGUACGCUAUGCGCUUCUCGGCCUCGAUUUGAUACCGCUUGGGAACUAAAGGCUCAUCGCGUCGACUAUCACAAUCUAUGCGACAUUUGCGGCAAAUACUUCAACAAUGAGAACGACCUUCGAAUGCAUCGGCAGCGCCACCAGGCUAGGAAUUUGCAAUGCUACGGGUGCUACCAGUUCUUCAAGACUUUCUCAGGCAUGUUGAUCCAUCUCGAGUCAGGCCGCUGUCCCUCCGGAACAGACAUUGAUGAUAUCAACCGCCUGGCGCGUGAGUGCUACCAGAGUCGGAAGUACAUCGAUACAGAGGGCGAUUACGUUUGUCCCGGCUGUGACAAGUUCUGCUCGAAGCUCUCUGGAUUAUUCCAGCAUGUUGAGGACUCCCUGAGCUGUUCGUACCUUAAAGAGAGUGGCCAAUGUCUGGCAAAGUUGGAGCAUUAUAUCUCUUGGAAAGUGCAACGCUAG